AUGUCAGACCACUGGACCAUCAACUCCGACUCUAUGCACGAUCGUGAUCUCGACUACGCGGAAAUCUUCCGUGAAGCCCCCUACCAUGGCAAGCACAGCUGCUGGAACGACGUCCUACGAGCCGCUUCCCGACCUCCUCUACGCAGGGGCGGAUGGCGUCCUAUCACUUCCCCACCUCCACCAGGCUUUCCCGAUUUUAAUGAGUUCUACCGGGGGGUUAAGCUAGAUAUCAAUUUCCUCUUCACGCUCCCAGAGUUCUGGCACUGGGAUCAUCCUCAAUUCGGAUAUGAGGUCGAGCUUCAUGACAUGGACCUUCUGCAUUCUGAGAGGAUGUCUUUGAUUGAUCUCUUCAUGAGGGGUCCAGUGAGCCCGCUGUGGUACGACAGGCUGCAUGAGGCGGAGAAGGCUCUCAGACGAAGUCAUCGUGGAGCGAUCCACAAACGUACAGUUCGACGCAUCGAGCAAUUAGAAGACGACCUUAAGCAAGCUAAGGACGAGGGAGCUGAGGAACAGAUCAAACAGAUCCAGCGACAGCUCCGGGAUUGCCGGGCAUCUGAGCUUGCUAUCGGUCUUGGUCGCACAGUUCUGGUUAACGUCCUUGAGCCAACUAGAUCUCCACACAGUCCCUGUCUUGGGCAGGUCGUCUACAUCAACGAGAGACCACGCUCUGCUUCAGACGCUCACCUGCAUCAUCACUCACUUCGCCUGUCUCGAUCGCGAGACACACCAAUCCCACCGCGCACAAUCCCUGUCCCCAAGCGCGAGCAGACAAAGCCUAUCCCCACCAAUAACCACUUCACGCCUAUUGAUAUCGCCAUCCACCGCCGUCCAUCCUCGCGUUACGACAGGACAGAAGCCGAACGCCCAUCGACGACCUCUUCUGCUAUCAACAUUGAAAAUUCACGUUUCUUCCACCCACCAGCAUUCAUUAUGUCCUUGCCAUCUUUAGAUGACAUGAAGGAGAAGAGCCAGAGCGUCGGUCUCGAUAUCAGAGACUUCGUGGAGCAUCUCGAAACCGACACCCAGGAGCUGGAGUGGCUGGCGAAGGGCUACAGGAGGAGCUAUGAGAGAGUGCGUGCUGAACUCGAAGACACAGAUAGAUUCGGACUGGGAGGUGCGGAUGUGGAUGGUACGAAGUGGGAGUUCGAACCUCUUCCGGACUUGGGUGAGGGCACCAGACUGGGAAAGGAGAAGGGAAAGAGGAAGGGGAAGGAGCGCGCUAGGGAUGUUUGA